AUGGCCUCGCCGGCGCUGCGCGGGACGGGGCCGACCGGCCUCGGGGCAGCAAAGUUGCUUCGCCUGCGGCCGCGCGGCAACACCGGAGGGCGGGAGCGCGAAGAGCGCGGCGCGGGCGCGUGGGGCGGAUGGAGCGCGGAACCCUCCCCGCCCCGCCCCGCGCUCCACGCCCGCCCGCCCUCGCCGCGCCACGCGCCCCACCGCACCGCGCUCUGGCAACGCACCUCCCACGCCACGUCCCGCACUCGCCCGUUCCCCCACCCCGCCCGGCCGGAGCUCCGCCCUCAUUCGCCACCGCCGCCACUGUAUCCGGGCCGCGCCGCCCCCGCACCCCACUCGGCACCGUACCUUCCACACUGCGUCCUCUCCGGAGCUGCCCCUGAGCUGCGCGCACCGCUCACCCUCGGUUUUGGGCCACCGCUCUGGAUGGGGAGUCUGGCGCCCGGGACCCCCCAACUCCCGCUCUUCCUGGCUGCAAGCUCCCCGGGGGAUGGUGUCUGCCGGCCCUUUCCUUUCACUGUGUUCCCUGCACACAAUAACUGCUUAACCAAUGCAGUAAAGCGGCAGGUGUGGUCUCCAAAAGCCAGCACUGUGGUCAGCAUGCCUCUGGACGAUGCUCCUCACCGCGCACUGCCCGGUCCUGGGCUGUUCUCCCCGGGCUCCGCCCAGCAGCCCGGGAUCCCAGCUCUGCGCAUGCGCGGAAACUGCCGGGACCGAACCAUCACGCCGCGGGGGAGGCUGUCCCCGCCCUCCGCCGUGGAGCUUUCCGUUGCCAUGGGGACGCGUGUCCAAACCGAGCCGCCGCCGACCCGCCGUUGUUGUCGUAGCCCGGGGACGGUCGCCGGAGCUUCUCCGCUGGACCUGCUGGAGAGUAUGGAAGACAUUGCUAGCCUGCUUUCUGCGGAGGAGUUUGUGGAGAACGUCGUCCCUCUCACCGAGGAUGGAGCCGAGUUAGAGGAUCCAGAGUUUGAGGUGGAAUUUCUUCCUCAGGAAGGGGAAGAUGCCACCGCCCUGGGAUCCUGCAGCUCAGUGAAGGAGCAGAACGCCCAUGCUGAGAAAAUGAAGAAGACGACAGCUAUGAGAGACAGAGCCCGAUUAUCUCACCUGCAGAAGAGCCUGGACCUCCUGGACCAGAUACACGAAGAGAAAGACCUUUUCCUUCAGAAGACCAGACAGGAGCUGAGUGCUUGUCGUCACAGGAUGGACCUCCUCAGCAAGCAGCAGGAGAGCGUGACAGCCGAGAUGGCUGCAGAGAGAGAGGCCAACAAUAUGGCAACUGUGGGCCGUCUUCAGGCUGCAUCCAGACGCCUGCACAUAGAGCUGGAGAACGAGAGAGACCUGCAGUCAAAAAUCACAACCACACUGAAGGAGAGCGAGAACACCGUGUGGCACAUUGAAAUGGAGAAGAGACAGUUUGAGGAUGUCAGGAAGUAUAACCAAGAGGAAGCAGAGGCCAGGGACAGGUGUCUCCAGGCGCGUGCAGUCCAGCAGCUCUACAAGGAGGAGGAGGCCUUGGGAAAGGCAGAGAGGAACCGACUGCUGAGAGCCCGGAAGUCCACACACAUGCAGAAGGAGCUGGGGCUCAGACACCAGAAGCUGGUGGAAGAUGCCCAGAAAAACCACAAGGUUGCAGUGAAGUUCCUGAAGGCCUCCCUGGGACGAAUUCGAGAGCGAGAGCAGAAGGAGGAGAUGGAGUCCCGCGAGCAGAUGAAACGGCGUAUGGACGCCGUGCUGGCUCUGAAGAACAGUAUCACUGCCAACCGGGAAACACUGCGGAAGUUUCAGGCCUGGGGCCAGGCCAGGGCAGCUGUGGCUGAGCAGAAGGCCCAAGCCGAGAAGGAGGUGAUCCUGGCCCAGGGCGGGGAUGCAUUCAAGCAUCUUUCCUGUCAACGCCGGCGCCAGGAGCUGGAGGCCCAAAGACGGGCCUUCGAGGAAGAGCAAAAACUCCGGAGGCAGGAGAUUGUGAGUAAGAUUUUGAAAGAAGAAGCCGAGGAAGAAAACCGGAAGAAGAAACAGCAUCCAUCACCUGCCAAAACCACUAACCGAAAGACUCUGAGAGACAAGACUUGGAGUUACAUCUCCGACUUUUGUGAGGGGAAGACAAACGUCUCCACUUACACACAGGAGUAUGGAGCCACAGCACGCCCCGAGCCCUCUUGGCUCCUGACAGCCCUCUCCAGCGAGUCCGUGCAGGCCGACCUGGGGGCCAAUGCAGAGGAGGAAACGCUGGCUGAGCCAGAGAUCCCCGGGCUUUGGAGUGAAGACUACAAGCAGUACCAGGUGCCCAAGGAGGAGGUGGACCGAAAGCCCGUGGGCGGGACCAAAAUGGAUAAGGACAUCCUGGCCCGCACCGUGGAGCAGCUGCGCAGCGGGGUGGUCCACAAGCAGGUGGUGUCCGGGCGGGAGUUCAAAGGCCGCCCCUUCAACAGCAAGCCCGAGCUCAUCCACUUCAAGGACUUUGACGUUGGCAAGGUGUACAAGAAGAAGGUCACGUUGAUCAACGCCACCUACACCAUUAACUACUGCAAGCUGGUGGGCGUGGACGAGGACCUGCGAGACUUCAUCCACAUCGACUUUGACCCCCCAGGCCGCAUGUCAGCCGGAAUGUCCUGCGAAGUGCUGGUCACCUUCAAGCCCAUGAUAAAUAAAGACCUGGAAGGAAAUGUUUCAUUCUUGGCACAGACAGGCGGAUUUGCCAUUCCACUGAAAUGUUCGACAAAAAAAUGUUCCCUGUCUCUUGACAAGGAGCUCAUCAACUUUGGCAGCUACACAGUGGGUGAAACCACAUCUCAGACCAUCACUCUGACCAACACUGGGGGCCUGGGCACGACGUUCAAAUUUCUUCUGGCGUCUGAGUCCUGUGAGAUGGAGGACUACGAGCCCGUCCCGAAAACAAGCAGCCUGUUCACCUCUGAUGAUAAAAGUGUCUAUGACAAGGUCCUUGCCAGUUUCUCUGAGCCUCCGUUUGAGGGCAAUGAGUCCUUGCUGGAUGUCCAGAGCCGGAAGGAGUCGGACAAACAGCAGGAAGAAGCAGAGGCGAUACCCAUGACCAGCAACAUGGCACUGCCUUCCAGCGACCAGCAGGGAGAGGUCACCCUGGGGAAGAUGACAGAGGGGGAAAUUGGCCCCUUCAGCUCCAUCAAAGUACACAUCAUCUUCUCUCCAGUGAUCCCGGGAGCAGUCCAGACCAAGUUCAAGGUCAUGUUUAGGAAUCCACAGUGCCCAACACUGUAUUUCAGAGCCAUUGGCGUGGCCGUUGAUGUCCCCGUCUGGGUGCCAAGACCCAACGUGGACCUGAAGAUCUGCACCUACGACCGGCUGUACCAAGACUCCAUCCUCGUCCUCACGCGAGCGAAGGCGGCCCUACGCCUGAAAUUUGAGGUCUGCAAGGAGCUGAGAGGCCACAUGGAGCUCCUGCCUGAGACGGGCUACAUCCAGGCCCUGUCGUCCUACUCGGUGCAGCUCAAGUUCUUGCCUCGACACUCCCUCCCGGAAGAUGCGGGGAAGUAUUUUGACAAGGAGAGCCGGGUUCUGGAGGCUCCAAUGACAAUCUGGGUGGCUGACCAGAUCAAACCAGUGGAGUUCACUGUCCAAGCCAUUGUCACUACCUCGGACCUGGAAGUCUUCCCCGCAGAGGUGGACUUUGGGUACUGCACCAUCUACGAGGCCAUCAGGACAGAGAUCAGCCUCACCAACCACUCGCUCCUGCCCCAGGAGUUUGGGUUUGUUGGACUUCCCAAGUUUGUGGACAUCCAGCCCAACGACGGGUUUGGGACGAUCAUGCCAUUGGAGACUUUGCAACUCGACCUGCUCUUCCAGCCCACCAAAGCCAAGGAAUACAGCUUUGAGCUGAUUUGCAAAUCUGAGAUAAACCGGUGCUUCAAGAUAUCUUGCCGAGCCGUGGGUGUCCAUCCACCCCUGGAGCUGUCCCACUACCAGAUCAAGUUUGCAGCCACUGCACUGUAUGACACCUCAGUGGCCACGGUAUACGUCAUCAACUCCCACCUGAGCAUGAACAAGCUGACUCACUCCCUGCCCCGCAUCGGCUCCGAGGAAGCCUCCCCAGUGGGACCAACGUCUUUUGAGUUCCUGCUGCCCCCCAACUCACCCAUCACCAUCUCACCCUCGGUGGGGACCGUGUUGCCAGGAAAGAGGUGCCUGGUCCAGGUGGCCUUCAGGCCUGUGCUACCCCACAAGCUGAUCAUCGAGGAAGCCAUGCAAAUACUGAACAAGGAAAUGGAGACCAAGCCAUUCCGAAAAGACACAACCACUCAAAGGAAGGAGCUGUGGAAGCAGUCCCUGUCUGCGAUGCGCACGCAACCCCGGGAUCGAAUACUCCGGGUGUCCACACCCCAUGUCCCAGAGGUGAAGAAGCAGGAGCUCGAUGCCAGUUCUAACCAGUACCAGAUCGCCCAGGCCAAACUGACCAGAACUUUCCAGGCAACGUUUGACAAGUUUGUGGUUCCCUGUGUUGUUGCUAGUGGUGAUGUCAAAGGCAGGAAGGCACUGGAACCUCUGAACUUCAGCCCCCACAACACCCUGUACCUGGAGCUGUGGUGUCCAACGGUGGCUCCAGCUAUUGUGGUGACAUCCGGCAAAGGCAAGACGGUCUUCGACUUUGGGGAUAUCGCCGUAGGACACCGCGGGAUAAAGAAGGUAACCCUCCAGAAUAUCUCCUCUGAGGACCUUGCCAUGGAGUUCUCAGUGCUGAACCCCAAUGGCCCCUUUGUCCUGCUGAACCCCUCCCCCAAACUGCGCUCGGGUGAGACUUAUAACCUAGUGCUGUCCUUCUCGCCCCAAGAGAGCAUCCUGGCUCAAGAAACACUGGACAUCAUCACCAAGAGAGGCUCCCUCACCCUCACCUUCAUGGGAACUGGUGUGGCAUCCAUGAUCACAUGCUCCAUUGAAGGUGACGUCCUCAACAUGGGCUACGUGCUUGCCAGAGAGUCACUCUCCUCAAGCUUCAAGCUGCAGAACGACUCCUCGCUCCCCAUCAAGUUCUGGGUGAAGCUGGAGAGCCUUUCUAGCAGCAGGGUGGAGGCCCGACAGCAGCUUCCAAAGUUCCUGGAUUCAUCAGCCCAGAGGACAGAAGUUGUGGGCACGCAGAACCACAAUGGCCAGAGUGUGUUCAGCGUCACACCUGUGGAGGGCCUCAUGUUCCCCGGGAAGGCACAGGACUUCACCGUGACCUUCAGCCCCGACCACGAGAGCCUAUACUUCUCGGACCAGCUCCAAGUGGUGCUCUUUGAAAAGAAAAUCUCCCACCAGAUCCUCCUGCGGGGUGCAGCACGAGAGCACAUGAUGUUCGUGGAGGGUGGGGACCCACUGGAUGUGCCUGUGGAUCUGACCGAGAUUUCCGCCUUGGACCCCGAGCAUAGAGAAGCCAGCCCCCAGGGAGGCCCUCCCUCUCCAGAAGCUGAGGAACCAAAGCCCAUCUUGGUGACCCUGGACUGCGUUCAGUUUGACUCGGACACACCAGCCCCACCUGCCACUCGUGAGCUGCAGGUGGGCUGUAUCCGGACCACCCAGCCAUCUGCAAAGAAGACCGUUGAGUUCAGCCUGGACAGCAUCACUUUGCUGCAGCACAAGGGUUUCUCCAUCGAGCCCACCAGAGGCUCUGUGGAGCGAGGCCAGACCAAGACCAUCAGCAUCUCCUGGAUGCCGCCCACUGACUUUGAUCCGGACCAUCCACUCAUGGUGUCAGCUCUGCUGCAGGUCAGGGGAGACGUAAAAGAGACCUACAAGAUCAUCUUUGUAGCCCGUGUGGUGACUGGUCCCUAGGCCACAGGAGCCUCUCCACAGAGCCCCUGCGACCCUCCUGCCCACCCUCGAAGCCCUGCCCUGGCUGUGGGCCAGGCCAAACCCCACUCUACCCUGAGGCCU